ACGAGACAUUUUGCUUUUGAAAAAUAUUCCUUGAAACAAAGCUGUCCAUUCCCCACAGAAAUGAUUUCGCCCGGCAGCCUGCUGUCCGAAGAGCAGCUCCUGUGCUCGAUCUGCCUGGAUGUGUUCGCCAGCCCGGUCUCCCUCCCCUGCGGGCACAACUUCUGCCAGGCCUGUAUCGGGGGGUACUGGGACAGCGGGGGUGCGUGUCAGUGCCCGCUGUGUAAGGAGGCGUUCGGCCGAAGACCCAGUCUCCAGAUUAACCGGACCUUGAACGAGAUCGCGGAGCAGUUCAAGGCCACGAGAAGCAGCCGCGCUGACGGGGGCGCCGCCGGCCCAGGGGAGGUGCCCUGUGACGUCUGCGCCGCGGAGAAGCUCAGGGCGGUGAAGUCCUGCCUGGUGUGUCUGGCCUCCUACUGCGACGAGCACGUCCAGCCGCACCGCGAGGUCGGGAGACUGAGCAGGCACCGGCUGGUCGACCCAGCACGCAGCUUGAGGGACAAGCUGUGCAGGAAGCACGGCAGACAGCUGGAGCUGUUCUGCAGGAGAGACCAGGCUUUCAUCUGUCGGCUGUGCACCAAGAAAGACCACCGGACACACAGCACUGUCCCCAUAGAAGCACAAAGGCUGGAGCUUCAGAAUAAUAUGAGGAAGACACAGGCACAUUUACAACAGAUGGCCCAGGACAGACUGAAGAAGGUGGAGGACGUCAAAAAAUCUGUGAAACUCCACAAACGCUGGGUGCAGAAAGAGAUGAAGGACAGCGUGAAGCUGUGCACUGCGCUGGCCCACUGCGUGGAGAGGAGCCAGGCCGAGGUCAUCAAAGCGCUGGAGGACAAGCAGAGGGCAGCCGAGGUGCAGGCUGAAGGCCUGAUCAAGGAGCUGGAGCAGGAGAUGGCCGCUAUAAAGAGGAGGAAUGCAGAGCUGGAGCAGCUCGCCCGCACCGAGGACCACCUCCUCUUCCUGCAGUGUUUCCCCUCCCUGUGCUCUCCUCCACAAACCAAGGAGUGGUCCAGCAUCACUCUCCCCACAGAGCCUAGUGCGGACUCCUCUUGGGAAGCUCUGACCCACCUGGAGGAGAGAUUCCUGGAAGAGCUAAGGAAGUUGAAAAACAAGGGACCUCAGGACAACCCUGCCAGGAGAAGGUCAUCGUGCAGCUGGAGAACAAUGGUCCUGUCUUACAUGUGGACGGUCAUUCUCACUGCUGUACUGCUCGGCUUCUAUGCUCACACUCAUAUGCAAAAGCAGACCCCACAAGAUGAAAUGAGAAAUGCACAAAUCUCCUCCACCAGCGUGAGGAUGGUCAAUGUGACUCUGGACUCCAGUACUGCUCAUCCCAGUCUCAUCCUGUCUGAGGAUGGGAAACAGGUGAGACUGGGAGACGCACCCCAGGAUCUCCCUGACAAUCCAGAGAGAUUCGACCAAGACUUCUGUGUCCUGGGCGCGGAGGGUUUCACCUCGGGGAGACACUACUGGGAGGUGGAGGUGGGGGACAAGACGGAGUGGGAUUUGGGAGUGGCCAGAGAGUCCGUGGACCGUAAGGGAGAGAUCACGUUGAGCCCAGAGGAUGGGUACUGGAGUAUUUGGCUCAAGAAUGGAAAGGAGUAUCAGGCACUUACUGACAAUGCUGUUGCUCUGCCCCUGAGCACGAGGCCCCGGAAGGUGGGGGUGUAUGUGGACUAUGAGGGGGGGCAGGUGUCCUUUUACAACGUGGAGGCCAGCUCUCAUAUCUACACCUUCAUGGCCUCCUUCACUGAGAAGCUCUACCCAUACUUCAGCCCUGGUCUCAACAGCGAUGGUAAAAAUUCUGCCCCACUGAUAAUCUCUUCUCCUGCACACAUAAAGAAUAAAUAACAGGUUAUCUCUGGAACAGGCAGCAGGAAUUUAAGCCAAAGAGAGUACUAAACUCACAUAUUGAAGUGGACCAUACCAAAGUGUCAUGGCAUUAUUAAAACUGAGAGGGUGGCACAGUGGAACAUUGCUUGUAUGUUUCCAUGUGUUCACCCAGAUUGUGUGCAGGUUACAUUCUGUGUGCCUGCCCUGUGAAGAAAGAUAUAAGAUGUGAAGAAGGAGUUAACUGAGUCCUUUCUGCAUGGGGACUGGACUUUUAAGUAACAGGCUUAGGGUUGUGGCAGCAAAGGGGGAUAACUGAUAAGGAUUCCAGAGGCCAGCUAGGAACCCCCCCAGGGAAGGAAACCUAACACUGACCAUUAAGAGUGACCAAAGUCUGUGAACUGGCCGGACACCGUGACCUCCCCCCAUUACCAUGGUAACGAGCUACGUCAGAAGCGGCAGGAAAGGGCUCUAUAAACUGGACGUUUUGUACCAGUAUUUCGAACAGUACUUCGGUUUUAUUGUUCCUUGCAUGCAAUAAAACUCACCUGUUUAAACUUCAUCUUGGGAUCCAGAACUGAUUUGUCUGUUACAACACCUGUAAUGGACUGGUGCCCCAUCCAGGGUGUAUCCUGCCUUGUUCCCGUUGCUUCCUGGGAUAUUCUUUGCCUCCCCUGUGACAAUGAAAUGGUAGAAGCAGUUUGAAAAUGGGAACACAAGCUGACAAUAUCCUCUCUUAAAACUGAAAAGUUUGUCAAAAUGUCAAUUGAAAUUCCUGUGUUAACAACUCAUUUUGUUACAGGAAUUCCAAAGUAGAUCUUAACCGAACUUUGUGGUCUGUAUCAAUAUCUCUCAAGUAUCACUGUAUAUUGACGUUUUUAAGUACUUAAAUGUAGUAAAAUGUGUUGAAAUAUUGUAAAUUUAUACACUUUGAACUGUGCGUUUACUGUAUGUAUGAAAUGAAUCAUUGCUGCUAA